AGGUGUGUAAAGCUUUGCGCAGGACUCGUACUUCCUCUGCGUGUUGGGCUGUACGGGACUGUUGCAGUUAUGAAUUCUAGUCACAGCUUAUCUUUGUUGUCUCAGUACGCCUCCUCAGAUGAAUGCGACGAUUCUGAAAACGAGAGCGCGCCGGCCAAGUCCGACUCCCCGCGUGCUCAUGACCGUCAGCCGGAUGUUACAGCAGUACGUCGGCACCUCGAAAAGCCUAAACUAGAGUUGCCCGUCGAAGUACUAGGCCUGUUUCGUGAUCGCACCGAUCCUUUUGCGUGGGAAGACGACAAGAGCCGGCACGAUGGUAGAGUGCGCACGUUUGCUCACGAACCUGGCGUCUGGGCGUCCUAUGUCUUCGUUUCUGGCGCCAAACAAAGUGAAACUCAGAGUUUGAUAUCACUUUUGUGUCAAGACUUGGACUUUCUAAAGCCUCAGCAGCCCAGCACGUGUCACGUCAGCCUGUCUCGCACUGUGAAGUUGCGGCACCAUUGGAUACAGCCCAUGGUGGAAUCCCUGAAGGCCGUGACAGCACCGUAUUGCAGAUUUGUCAUUCGCUUUGGCUCUAUCGAUGUCUACACAAAUGCGGAGAAAACGAGGACAUUUCUGAGCCUAAAAGUGCACAAAGGUGUCGAACACCUCGUAAGAAUUGUAGCCGAAGUUGACAGCUGCUUGAAGGAAUACGACCUACCUAUCUUCUACGAGGAACCGUCUUUCCACAUGAGCAUAGCGUGGUGUGAAGCCAGCGAGGAAGACCGGCUUCUGCAGUGUUUGCACGAGCUUCAAAUUAAGCUUGAACAGUUUUCAAUUGGGCAUCCGUCAGCCCUGGUCGUUGACGUUUCGUCGGUGUGGUUUCGUUCUGGAAACAAGCUGUUUGAGUUGCCGCUGCUACAGGAGUGAAUUGACACGCGUGUUUCAAUGUAGGCGGCAAAUUCUCUCAGUGAAGCACCCGUGGUGCUGUUUCUUGAUUUUUCUCAAUAAACAGAGUGC